UAUUUUAAACAUCUUUAGAAACUCAACUUGUUACUGAAGGGUUCAAUGAUUGGAAAAAUGCUACUGUCCGUUUCAGCUACCAUGAAAAUAGUAAAGAGCACCGAGAUGCUAUUAUGAAUUUAAAACAUAGAGGUAAUGUCUUGGGGCGCAUUGAUAAUUCAUUGAUUAAACAAUUAGACACAGAAAUCGAAUAUUGGAGAAAUGUGUUGAAAAGGGUAGUCGAAACUAUUAAAUCGUUAGCUUCUCGUGGUCUUCCUUUUCGAGGACAUGAUUCGUGUUUUGGUUCUGUACACAACGGUAAUUACUUAAUGUCACUCGAAUUAAUCGCAAAAUUUGAUCCGUUUUUAGCCGAUCAUAUAGUUCGUUUUGGAAGUAAAGGCAGUGGCUCUACGUCAUAUUUAUCUCACGUUAUAUGUGACGAAUUUAUUUUGUUAAUGAUGAAAAAAUUAAAAUAUAAUAUUGUUAGAGAAUUAAAAAUAUCAAAAUAUUUUUCCAUAAGUAUUGAUUCGACGCCAGAUAUUUCGCACGUCGACAAAUUAUCAUUUAUGGUGAGAUAUGUCCUCGCAACUGGUCUUCCUGUAGAACGAUUCUUAUGUUUUGUUUCAAAUCCAGGACAUAAAGCUUUAGAUUUAACUAAUGUCAUUAUUAAUACUUUAAAAUCUCAUGAUAUUGACAUUUCUGACUGUCGAGGGCAAAGCUACGAUAAUGCUAGUAAUAUGUCAGGUCAAUACAGUGGAGUUCAGGCUCGAAUCAAAGAAAUUAAUCCACUAGUUUAUUACGUACCGUGUAGCGCUCACUCGUUAAAUUUGGUUGGCAUAUCUUCUGCAGAAAGUUGUCCACAAGCAUCAAUUUUUUUUGGAUUUAUACAACAAUUAUAUAAUUUUUUUUCCGCAUCAACGCAGAGAUGGUCAAUUUUGCAAUUAAAUAUGAAACGUAAUGCUAAUACAAUUAAGAGUUUAUCAAACACCAGGUGGUCGGCUCGCGCAGACGCAUGUCGAGCAUUAUAUAAUUCGUGGGAUGAAAUUAUUAACGCAUUGAUCACUAUCAAGGAUGACACUUUUGAAAAAUGUGUUACGCGAAAUGAGUCAAAUGGUCUUUAUAAUCAAAUGCAAAAGUUAGAAACAUCAUUUAUGAUGAUUUUUUGGAAUCAUAUAUUAGAACGAUUUAAUGCAUCUAAUAAACAAUUACAAUGUGUUGAAAUUGGAAAUGAUAAAGUUUCUCAGAUUUAUACAUCACUAAUUAAUCUAGUUCAAAAAACCCGAGAUAAUUUUGAUGAAUAUGAAACUAGAGCAAAAAAAAUAUCAAAGACUACCGAGUACAAUUUUGGUAUAUCUCGAAAAAAAAAAAAAAUUACACUUCGAUGAAAAAACUGAGCAACCAACCGAGUUAAUUGGUAGGGAUAAAUUUCG